AGAAAAGCAUUUAAAUGCGCUAGAGGCGUUGAAAUAACUUCUCUAUUCGUUCAUUUUUUAAGUAAAAAGGAACUGAGAGGAAAAAUGAGAGAAAGAAGUUGGAAUUCUCAUACCUUCCGUUAUUCUCCGUGUUUUCCUCCCCCUUCAAAUUCCUUUUUCUCAAAUUUCACCGGAUGUUCAAGCAAGACAAAGUUUCUCGUCAUUUUAUCUCUGCAGAAUUCCGUGACCUACUUUCACCAGCCGCAACAUCAGCCUGGAAUCAGCUGAUUCAACAGUGUCAAGCGUACGUGAGUGGCGAAAGAAGACGAACGGAAUAUUCCCCGUGUUCUCUCCGACGCGAAAUGCGUUUAUCCGUUGUUCGCAUCCGCAAAUACGCGUCAAGAACGAUUCGAAACGCGAGUUAAAAAGCGCACCCAAUAAUACGUAGAUCGCACGUCGCGCCUGAUCAACUAUACAUUAUGGAUAACGCGCGCUCGCCGAUGGAUAACCUGCUCAACAUGCUGUCGGGUUUCAGUGCGGGUCACGAGAAAGGCCUGAAGCAGGGAACUUACAAUGCCGUCGCGCUCUUCUUGCUGUUCCUGAUCCUGGCGGCAGGAUACGGUCUCUACAUCAUACUAAGCCCUUUCCUCAAACCUCUGAUUUGGGCCCUGCUAUGCGGCUCCGUCCUGUUCCCGUUCAAGUACUCGUUGGCCACAACAGUGCAGUCGUGGUUCACCAAGGUGGAAACGUCACACACUCCUCUGGUGGUCAACAUAAGCCUCCUGCCUGUGCACAUAUUCAAUAAUGUUUCCGAGCGCUUGGGCUCCUUCCUGUGGACGAAUGUCAAGUACAUCGUCGGAGUGCUCCUGUUGCUGUUGGUGAUUUUAGGCGUAUAUCAUUACGUUCCCACUGUAAUGACGUACUUGGACUGCAGGUUAUUCCGUAUGCUCGCUGCUGUCUCAGAGUUCUUCAUUACAACGUGCAACAUUUACACGGUCUCUACGAUACUCAUCGGGUACCUGAUGAUUCUGUACAUCCACUGGACACCCGAGAACUCCGUACGAUUCUGCUACACGUCCUUCGUGAUAUGGCUCAUCAUCAGCAUGUACCUGUCGAGCGCGGCGGGCACUUAUCGAGUCUACGUGUUCACCGUUCUUCAGAUCUUGUACGUUGCAGGCUUCGUCUACGAGGUGUUGUCGAUCAUGGAGAGCCAAGUGCUGGACAGGCACCUCACGUUCUCGGAGGCCGCGCGCUUAGCUCUGAUAAACAAUCUGCCGGCGAGCGCGCAGGAGGAGGACAAAGUGGCCCCGCUGAGGUGCGAGAAGCGCCUUGUUCCGGAGGAAGAGAACGCUUCCACCGGAGAAGAAACGAAGGGAGAAUUGGAGACCAUCGAUACGGCGAGGAAGGUCACCCCCACCAAAACGAAACUCGGCCUGAAGUCGAUGUCUCUGGACGGCCCAGCGUCGUCCACCGGUAAGCUCGCGCGUAAGCUCUGGCCCAACGUGUACUUCGCGUCGCCGCGCGACCGUUACCUGCUGAGCAGGCUGAAGGCCGAGUUCCGGGUGUCGAUGGACAUCCAGGACGACAAGGUCGACACCGAUAAGUACAUGUACGCGGCUCUGUACGCGUGCAUCGGUAUGCUACUCUGGAAACACCUGUGGAUCAUGCACAUCUUGGUGAUCCCGGUGGCCUGCUACAUCGUCAAGCAGCUGGGCGGUUACUUCGGCUUCUGGGAGACGAUACACAGGCAUUGCGACGCGAUGGCGCAGGCGGCCAAGUCGUGGUGUCUGGAACGGCACCAGGCGCUCUUACCCUCCAACAUCAGAGGCCUCUACAAGAUGCUCGUCAUCGUGGACGAGAAGGUGCGGGACGCCCUGAAGGGUUCCGUCGACUCGGUGGCGACCAUCGCCGUGAUACUCGGGCUCAUCGUCUUCACCACUUGCGCGUCGAUUUUCAUCACCGUACAGGUCUACGCGGAAGGUUUGCACCUGGUCGAGGUUACGGGCGAGAUCUUGAACUCCUUCAUGAACAACUCCGACAUCGACUGGGUGCCGGAGAAGUGGGAGGAGUCCGUCAACAGCGUCCUGGACAACGCUUACACCUACGGACGGGGCGCUAUAUCGGACGGCAUUCGACGUCUCAUGAACGACCUGGAGCCGACGAAGGCCGAGCAGAUGGAGAAGAAGGUCUUGGAGCUCUGGGACCGCCUCUACCAGGCAUGGAUGAUGUCGAGCGAGGACAGCAAUCUCGUCGGUCCUACCGUGGACAUCACGUCCGCGUACAACGCUUGGGAGAGCCUGAAGGAGGGCUUCGAGAAGACACCUCUCCAGAUGUUCAACAUGACAAGCAUGCAAAAUUUCGUAAAGGAGAACAUCGGUAUCCUGAUGUCGGUGCUCGAUUCCGUCUGGAGCAUCGUCAGGGGCAACAUGUCCAUCAUACUGACGAUUUUCACGGAGCUCUUCUACGUCGUGCUCAUGAGCGGCUCGGCAGUACUUAACUUCGCACUCAGUACGGUUGUGUUCUUCACGACCUUGUUCUACUUGCUCAGCUCCAGUGGUAAAACUUACAAGCCCAUCGAACUGACGACUACGUACAGCCCGAUCAGCUGUCACAGGUUCGCCAUGGCGUUGCAGGAGGCGGUGAUCGAAGUGUUCGCCGCCACCUUCAAGCUCGCCUCGUUCUUCGGCAUGUGGACGUGGUUCAUACACAACCUGUUCCAAGUGAAGAUCGUCUAUCUACCGUCGGCCUUCGCGACUAUGCUGGGCGCGGUGCCCUUCUUGGACGCGUACAUCGCCUGUAUCCCGGCCACGGUGGAACUCUGGUUCACUCGCGGCUCCGUGAUCGCCAUCCUCUUCUUCCUCUUCCACUUUUUGCCGUGCAAUAUCGUGGUGACGGAAUUCUACAAGGAAAUUAAAGGUGGCGGGCAUCCUUAUCUAACAGGCCUGUCGAUAGCGGGUGGGAUCUUCUGUUUAGGCGUGGAAGGAGCGAUAUUCGGUCCCCUGUUGCUCUGUUGCAUCAUGGUCGCCAUAAACAUGAGUCGACGUUAUCUGCAUUCGCCGUCCUCCGCGAUGGAGAAUCGUACGGUGUACUUGGAGACGCCGUGACACGAAAUAACGAAUCGAAAUAACUUUACGCUUAUUAGCUAAUAAGACUAAUAACUUUAACUGCGUGAAACAUCGCGACCUAUCGGUUUAGCUCCGGCUUUCUCGUUGUAAGAUUAUGAACGUUGCAUCGAACGUGCAGCGCGCUUGCACAUACACACAUAUGCUUGACAGCGUGUGCAAACUCGCGCUUUGCACAUUUCUUAUGUGAUGCGACAAUGCGACUGUACGAUUCGCUCGUAUGUAACAGAGGAACCUCAGCUUACGCUUAUAUUUACACCUAAAAAUAUUUAUAUAUACAUAUAUAUAUAUAUAUAUAUACGCGUAUUUGUGAAAUAUUUUUUUUUAUUUAUAAGCGCUUUCUCUCGAGAAUGAGACGUUCUUGGUUCCUUUCUUUUUUUUUAGUGGAUCUGAAAGCAGGUAACAGACUUUUACAAUCUUCCCUGCAUCAUGCUACAUUUUUUUUCUACACAUAAACAACACGUUAUCGAUCGUUAUACAGGAUAUAAUUUUUUUUAAUUAUUUUACAUGUUGCAUUUCUUGACUUGAGUAACGCGUAUUUUGCCGCAAUAUAUUGUUUCAAUUUACACACGUAAGUAUAUUUAGUCAUCAAUUAUUAACUACCGGUUGUAUUAAUUUGUGUUAUAUAGGAAGAAACGAUAUACGCGUCGAUAUGAUACUAACUUCACAGAUCUAACGAGUUACUUUUCAUGUAAAAAAAAAAAAGAUAUACAGCCAAAGAUUACGAUAAUAAAUUUUCUUAAUGUUU